AUGUCGAAUAGCUCAUUCUACUCUGCUGAGGAGGACCUUCGUCUUUCUCCUAAUAAGUCUCCCCCAAAGCAAGAACCACAAGCAAGGCAUAACCCAUUCGAGGUAAUAUAUGAUUCAUCUGGAGGAUCCUCGCCCACAAAAAAUCAGAGACCAUUGAGUCACACAGAUGAGAUUAGGCACUCGCAGAUCUACCAGGACAUUGAGUACAGCAUGUCUAACCAAUUGAACCCAUCUCCACCAAGGUCCCACGUUCAUUCUAGAAUCGACCAACUCUCACCUUCACGAGAGUCAAACGUCAUCCGCCAAUCCCACCCAAUAAUCACAGUUGUCGAUGCGCCGCAGGUUAAGCGAUCGGGAUCCAUCGUUUCCUCUAGCGCCUCGCUAAGAAGUAGGAAUAGAAUAAAGAGUAGAACUAAAAUUGCACGAAGAAAAGAGCUACAGGACUAUUCUACCAAGGAGGCCCCUGAAAGUUCCUCAGAAUAUGGACUGAAGAAGAAUAAAAAAAAAGGUUUCUUCUCCCAAUUUCAAUUCCCUGUAAAAAGGACCACAUCUUUGAAGAGGAAACCCUCUUUUGCGUAUAAUUCCUUAGGUCAGUCGGUGCCCAAUUUCCACCAAAAGUCAGAUUUCGAUAAAUUUAUCGACUACUGCUUUCCCAGAGGGAGUAAUCAAUUGCUUGCCGACAUUUUGCCCAAACAAUUGAAAUUUUACGAGUUCAAGCAGUUGAUAUUAUCGAGGAGACCUGAUUUGAUUGGUCUUUGGAAAAACGUCGAUGAUACAGAUUUGGCUACUGCCACUUGUGCAACCCUUCCAACUGCUCCACCGAAAGUUAAAAAAGCUCAUAAGGUGGAGAUAAUUGAGUCAGCUAAACCCAAAAUCAAAAGAUCAAAAUCAAAAACGAAACCAAAAGGAUUACAUCCGCAAUUAAAGUCCAUAAUACCUUCAAGAAAAUCAAAGGUGGUCCCUCUUAGUAAGAAACGAGUAACCAUAUCAUCUCCUAUCAAAGAAAGCUUCACCCACAAUGGAGUAAAUCCGUACAUUACCACCACAGCGGCGGCCGCUGUUGCAGAGGCUGCAGCAGCUUCAGCUACCAAUAGACCCAUUAACACUUUGAACAAGCAAAAAGAUUAUCCACUUGAACUUGAUAUUGUUACAAAUACAGAUCCUGAUAGUAUUCCAAUGACACUAGAUCCAACUACUAGCAAAAUGGGUGGUAUUAACUCUGCUCAGUUAUCCCCAGGAACUAUAGCGGCUGUAAUUGCUGCUGCGGGAAUGAGCUCACUUAACUCUUCGCUUUCCCCAGCACCCACAUUACCACCUUCACUUUCACCUCCAGUUUCAGGUAACAACCCCUAUUCAAAUUUCAGAAAUGAACUUUUCAAUUCUCAAACUGUGAAGCCUAUCCCAUAUGCAACGAUGUUCCCCGACACAAAUUCUAGGCCCUUCCCUCAUUUAACACGUAAAGAUAUUUCCCAAAUGAAUAGAACUCUUUUCCUUGAAGUUCUUUUAAGGAGAACCAUUUCAGCUAAGAUAGAUUAUAGGUUAAAGACUUAUACUGAAAAGAGACUAAGUUCAAAUGAAUUGGAUACUGAUUCAAGCUCAAAAAGCGAAACAACCCAGGCUUUCAAUGAUCGUUACAACGAUAUACCUAAAUUGUCGAGUUCCGAAGAUUCAGAUACAGAUGAUGAUUCCAUCAAUACCAAUGAUCUCAUAGAGCAUAAUGCAUCUUUACUUUCAUCCGAACUUUUACCUUCUCCUCAAAUAUCUUACUCAACCGACUUAUUUGGUAAGCUUGGAGCGUUUGACUUGCCCCACCUUGACCAGUUACUGCAGAAAUCGCAAGUAUCAGUUGAGCUAAUCAAAAAAUGGACCCCGGAACCAGUGACAACUCCACCCAGAGAUCAUCAAUUAGUUGACACAACACGAAGCAGUUCCGAAACUGUAGCUGCAGUGAUCGCUGCAGCUACGGCAUCUCAGCGUACUAGAUCUGGCUCUAUUUCUGGCAAUGUUCUACUUAGAAGUUCUGGUAUAAUUUCAAAUCCACCCACUGCCCGCACAAGAUCCGUUUCCACUCCUAUAUCAGCAAUUCCUCAAACGCUUCAACCUGCAAUAAGCACAAUUCCAGAGACACGCUCGUUUUCGACGAAUCGAGUGCUAGAAGAAGAUUUGUUUAUUAAUGACUUUAACAAGACCUAUUUUGCACAGUACGGUCCACAGAAUAAAGCUAAGGAUAAUACGCUUGAAAAUCUGGGGUUGAAAUCCAAUAUGUAUCAGCUUAAACCAUUAAAUAGGUCUGCAGAAACACUCAGCUCAUCCGAAGAAUCAGAGAAAGCUCCUGUUCUAGACCCUACAUCUUCCAAUGACACGAACUCAGGUUCACAUUCACAUUCUAAUUCUAAUUCAAAUUCAACACAGUUGAGUUCUCAUUCAAACUCACACGUCACUGCUAAUACCACGGCAUCUUCUGAUCACCAUAGAAAUAAAAAGUCGGUUUCAUCCGCAGCAUCCAUUGGACUAAUCAAUGACUUAGAUGACAUGGCUAGCAGAAUUUCAACUUUCAUGCAAGAAGAAUUCAAUUUCCCAUCACCACAACAACGUCCAGAGCAACUACAACCACUUGUAUUUAGCCUGGAGAUCUCUUUAUUGCAAGGCUUGUCACCCUCUUCAACUACUAAGCAACAGAGUCCAAAUGCGAAUAUGAAUUCUACUCCAAGUAUACAAGAAAAAUACCCUACAUUAAAGCCAGAAUCAACUAUUAGAUGGGAACGUAGCGUUACCUCGACACAGAGACCCCCACAGCAGCCGGUUUCCAAUUUAUCCUACAUUUUGAGAUCUGAUUCUGUGGAAGUAUUUAAUCCAAAGACUCCACAUCCUGUUGUUCACCAACAACACCCUUCUGAAAUAAAAUCGUUGCACGGCUCUAUACUGAUUGCAGGAGCACUGGCUAUGUCUGAAAUUUCCAGGUCUGAUGGUAGCAGUCUCAACCCAUCACCUGAAUCGAAUUCUCUGAGAUACCAAGCUGGGCAUAGAAAUCCACAGAUAGGUCACACAUCUAACAAGAGUUUUUACAGUACUUCGAGUAGGUACGAAUCAUCAAAUGAGAUGUGA